UGAAAUCGUAGGUUGGAGACGUAACUAUAAACUCGGCACGGGACGACUUCACACGUUUCAGACGAGGCAGAAGUUUGUGGUUUCAACUUUUUACUCUGCUGAAUUGUAUCGAGCGACAGCAUAAUGCGUGAAUGUAUCUCAAUCCACGUGGGCCAAGCAGGAACCCAGAUUGGUAACGCAUGUUGGGAAUUGUACUGUCUUGAGCAUGGUAUCCAGCCCGAUGGACAGAUGCCGUCAGACAAGACUAUUGGAGGCGGCGAUGACAGUUUUAAUACAUUUUUCAGCGAGACUGGCGCAGGGAAACAUGUGCCACGCGCAGUAUUUGUGGACUUGGAACCGACUGUUGUUGAUGAGGUGCGUACAGGCACCUACAGGCAGCUGUUCCACCCAGAGCAGUUGAUUACAGGCAAGGAAGAUGCUGCAAACAACUAUGCCCGUGGUCAUUACACAAUUGGAAAGGAAAUAGUGGACCUCGUACUGGACCGUAUUCGCAAGCUUGCUGACCAAUGUACUGGGCUUCAAGGAUUCUUGAUCUUCCACUGCUUCGGCGGUGGCACUGGUUCAGGCUUUACUUCACUCUUGAUGGAACGUCUGUCUGUGGAUUAUGGCAAAAAGAGCAAACUGGAAUUUGCAAUUUACCCGGCUCCCCAGGUAUCAACAGCCGUUGUAGAGCCGUACAACUCCAUCCUAACGACUCACACCACCUUGGAACAUUCAGACUGUGCUUUCAUGAGCGAUAAUGAAGCUAUCUACGACAUUUGCCGCCGUAACUUAGACAUUGAACGCCCAACGUACACCAAUCUGAACAGGCUAAUUGCCCAAAUUGUAUCCUCAAUCACGGCAUCCCUUCGCUUUGAUGGAGCUCUCAAUGUGGAUCUGACAGAAUUCCAGACCAACUUGGUACCCUAUCCUCGUAUCCAUUUCCCACUUGUUACCUAUGCCCCCGUCAUCUCAGCAGAGAAAGCUUACCAUGAACAGCUGUCUGUGGCAGAAAUAACAAACGCCUGUUUUGAACCGGCCAACCAGAUGGUGAAAUGUGAUCCUAGACACGGAAAGUACAUGGCAUGCUGUAUGCUGUACAGAGGAGAUGUAGUGCCGAAGGAUGUAAACGCUGCCAUUGCAACUAUUAAGACAAAGCGAACCAUUCAGUUUGUGGAUUGGUGCCCAACUGGUUUCAAGGUGGGGAUAAACUAUCAACCUCCUACCGUGGUACCUGGCGGUGAUCUUGCAAAGGUACAGCGUGCUGUUUGCAUGUUGUCAAAUACAACUGCAAUUGCAGAGGCCUGGGCUCGCCUUGACCACAAGUUUGAUUUGAUGUAUGCCAAGAGAGCUUUUGUUCACUGGUACGUCGGUGAAGGUAUGGAGGAAGGAGAGUUCUCAGAAGCUCGUGAAGAUCUGGCUGCCCUUGAAAAGGACUACGAAGAAGUUGGUAUGGACUCUAUCGAAGGAGAAGGAGAAGGAGCAGAAGAAUACUAAGCUCCGCAGAAUGAAAAAUGCCAUUUUUCAUAUUAUGUUUGUGAAGUCAUUAAAGUUGUAAGUGAUGUUUUUAUUUUUUUUUAAAUUGGAAAAAAGGUUGCCCAUUCCACUUUUUAUGUAAUAAAAUUUGGUUUGUCUUAAGUUGUGUGAUACUCAUUUAAGAAACUCUGAAUGAGUAAGAGGCAUUUUAAUCAACAAAUUGACUAGAUAAUCAUCAUUAAGGAGUGCCAUAAAAUGUGCUUUAACAGUGUACUUAUAGUAAAACAUUACUUUUUUGGCUGUGGGUACUCAGCCAAAAUAAAGUUGCACUGCAACGUCAGUUCAUAGAGUUUGAUUACAAGUAACUAGUACUGUGAGUGACUUACUUUGCAAAAAUUCACUACCUACAGUUUAAAACAUUCAUCUCUUUUGGUGCUGUAAAUGCGACAAGCUAAUUUUAUUAUCUUUGCACUAGUAAAUAAACUUUUUCUGAACU